AUGUCUGAACCAGUGCAACCGCUGUCAUCUGCAGGACUUCCUUUCGAUCCCGCUGUCGAGGCCCAGAAGCUGCUCGAUUUACGCGCAAAGGUCUACGCUGGUGCCUAUCCCCAGUUCGCUGUGACCAGCAGCAACAGCAGAUCUACUCCUCGUCUUUCUUCUCCUGCUCCUGCUGCUUCUGCUGCUUCUGCCAUCCCGACUGCUCCUGCUUCAUACUCUGCUUCUUCUCAUUCUCAUCACCCUGCUCCUCCUGCUCCUCCUGCUCCUUCGCAUCCCCACCACCGCCCAUACUCCCCUCCUCCUUCUUCUUAUGCACCUCCGCCUGCCGCCGCCGCCGCCGCCGCGCCUUACCGCUACGAGGACGACUACCGCGACGGCUACAGAUCAGCGCAUUAUCCUUCCUACCCCGACGAUGCGCACAAACGCAAGGCCGCAGACUGGCCCGACGACCCGCGCAAACGCGCCGCCCCUGCCUCGUCCUCUUCCUCUUCCUACCCUUACGCGGCCCAUCCGCCUCCCCCUCCCCCUCCUCCUCCCUCAUCCAUCCCACCCCGGUCUCCCCAGGAACCAGGCCGGCCGUACUACGACGACUACGCGCGUCCGUCGCCGUACUAUCCCCCCUCCGCGCCUGCGCCAUACAGAACGACCCACGCGCCGCCUCCUCCUCCGCCGCCCGUGCCGUCGUCAUACGACUACCGCCCGCGCUCGCCCUCGGGCUCGAUCCAAAUGAGCACAGCCGUGCUGCCGUCGAACGUGGUCGUCGACGACGGAUACACGCGCGACACGCAGCGCGGAUACGAGCUGUUCAUCCCCUCGGCGGCAAAGAAAGGCAGGUACCUGCCGCAAUCCCCGGGCUCGCCUACGCUGUCAGAAUCUGGUGCUGGUGCCGGACAAGCGGGGUCGGGAUCGCCGCGCGCGGAGGGCUCGUCGUCGAAGUACGGGCAGUAUGCGCCGCCGCCGCCACCGCCUCCGCCUCCUCAUCAGUCGUAUCCGCCUGCGAGAAGGGAGGAGGGGCGUCGAUGGGGUGGGUAUCCUCCUCCGCCAUAG